AUGUGCCCCUCCAAGAUCAAUCUCUUCCUGCGGGUGGAACGGCGCCGGCCCGAUGGCUUCCACGAUCUGGCCUCGCUCUUCCAGGUGGUCAGCUGGGGCGACGACAUGGAAUUCGAGCCGCUGGGCAGCAGCGCCGGCGCGGAUGUCCUCACCUGCAACAUGCCGGACGUGCCUACCGACAGCAGCAACCUGGCCAUCAAGGCACUGGACCUGUUCCGCCGCAAGACGGGGAGCCGGGAGCGGUACCGCGUAGGGCUGCGCAAGCGGGUACCGCACGGCGCCGGGCUGGGCGGCGGUUCUGGCAACGCCGCCACGGCCCUGUGGGCGGCCAACCAGCUGGCGGGCCGCCCCGCCGCGGACGACGACCUGCUGGCCUGGUCCGGGGAGAUCGGGUCCGACAUCAGCGUCUUCUUCGGAUCGGGCUGCUCCUACUGCACGGGGCGAGGGGAGGUGGUCCAGGAUGUGCGCCCGGUGCCCCUCUCCACGAACACCCCCCUGCUGCUGGUGAAGCCGCCGGCGGGGCUCCCCACCCCGGCCGUCUUCAAGCGCCUGGACCUGGAGCGGUGCAGCCGGGAGGACCCGCUGCGCCUGCUGCAGGGCCUCCAGGGGCUGCGCCGCGCCAGCGCGGCCCUCUGCGUCAACGACCUCCAGGCACCCGCCUUCCAGCUAUUGGAGGAGCUGGCCGAGAUCAAGGGCCGGCUGGAAGGGAGUGGGGCCUUUGACGCGGUGUUCAUGAGCGGCAGCGGCAGCACUGUAGUGGGGGUGGGGAGCGAUGCCGUGCCGGACAGCAUCGCCGCCUGGCGACAGGACCUGUUCCUGGCGCCCGCACGUCCCGUUCUCCGGGAAGAAGGGGCCUGGUAUGCGGCGCCCGCCCCCGAACUUCUGCGAGAGCUGGGCGUGAGUGCGGUGGCGCAACCCGUGGGGGGAAUAUGA